GAUUUCAAAUAUGCUAGACUUGUCCCAAAUUUUCAGGUGGAAAAAUGCUCUUCGCAAAUUAUCUUCCUUGAGCACAAUGUGUUUGUGGAUAAUGAGAUAUGUGUGGGACAACAAUCAAUUUGGACCGUAAGCCCAAAAAUGAAAAUCCAAAAUAAAUUAGUGAUUGAUUUAAUAAAAAGCACAAAUUUGUUGCGUAUUUUGGUAAAAUCACGAAGGUGUGGGAGCGGAAGCAGGCAGAGCUCGGAAAGUGGGAAAGUAACGGACUUUUGGGGUGGGACUGGGUUCCCGCCACGUCCAACUGCCAAAUGCCACCCUAAAAAGGAUAACAAAGGCCCGUUUGCCGCUGUCCCAAGGCAACUCCCAACUAGAGAAAAGUAGGAAACAACAAGUGCACUUGAAAGCAAAGUGUUAUCAUUGAGGGAAACAUUAUUUUAGGGUGUAUAGUAUCACAGUUAGAGGCAGUGGUUCCGUUUCGUUUAAUCGAAUUGAAAUCGGUAGAAAUCGAAACUCAAAUAUACUAUUGGCCAAACCCAAAAUCGACGUUUUAUUUAUUUAUUUUCGGUUAUAAUAAACAGGACAUAAUUCGAAUCGUUAAUUGUAUUGUUCUUUGCCUCUUGGUAAUUUUUGGUUUUUUAUCGAUUCAUUAACGAAUUUUCGAUUUUAACCAAAAUCGUUAAGGUCUUAUAAGUUCUUAAUCGUUAAGGUACACCGAUAGACAAUAAGGUUGUCGAACCGGUUGAACCACCACCCAUCACUAUAGUUACUAGUUUUGAAGUAGUAUUAAGUAAGCUGACAAACAACUCUUUAAGAUCGACUUGAGAUAUAGUAUUAUGGACAUCUAACCUUCAAUUGCGGCCCAACAACAACAUUUGGGCAUCUAGGUACUCUUUUGGGCCCAUGGUAGUCUGAGUUAGUAGACUGGGCUGCAUACUGAAGUUAAGGUCCAUGUACAGGUCAUCAGUUCUGACGUGUCGCCAACCCAUUGGCCGAUUAGCAACAACCCGUGUCACCGUCGCCGCAUCGGUAUUAUCCUACAAGCCGGCAGAGCUUCUCGAUCUCAGGCAGCUCUCCCCGGGCAACAAAACCCCAGAAGCUUCAAAAUUUAGGAUAGCAAAUUUCUCGUAGCCGUCUUUCUUCAGGGAUCUUCUUCAUCUUCGUGGGAUUAAGCGAAGCCGAAGAACGAUGAGAUCUUUGUGGUUGCUCCUUGUUGUAGGCGCUGUUUCCAGCUGCGUUUUAGCUGACCAGAUCCUCCCAGCUCACGUAGGUGGUUCGUUCAGCCGCAGCUCUCGCGAGCCCAAGUACAAGAUGGAGUUCCAUCCUGAAGAAGCCCCCUUUCAUCCUGAUGAGGAUCAAGAAUUUGUUGUUAUGCCUGAUACAAAUGGGCGCAGUUAUGUAUGUUACUUGCCUAAGAUAGAGAAAGCCAAGAGUGGGAAGCCAAUCAAUCAGGUUAACAUAAGCAGCAUGAUCGUGGAAACUGAGAAACGGCUUAAAUUGAAGACUCCAGAUGAGCUACUUGAAGUGUUCAAAGGCAAAUGUCUUGUCAGACAAGAGGGUUGGUGGACUUAUGAACUCUGCCACGAGCAAAAGUUAAGGCAGUUUCAUGUGGAAGAUGAGAAGGUGGUUCAGGAAUUUGUUCUGGGUGUUUAUGAUGAAGAGGCCACAGCUGCAUUCAACCAGAACUUAAAAGACGUUUCUACCUUGAAGGAUCCUCGGUCUAAAGAUGCAUCUCAAAGGUACCAUGCUCAUCAAUAUACAAAUGGAACUCUCUGUGAUCUCACCAAUCAGCCACGAGAAACUGAAGUGAGAUUUGUAUGUUCCGAGCCAAGAGCUAUGAUUAGUUCUAUCACAGAGCUAUCCACUUGCAAGUACGCCCUGACAGUACAAUCUCCGAUGCUUUGCAAGCAUCCACUGUUCCAAGAAGAGAGACCAGUGUGGCACACCAUCAACUGCAAUGCCCUGCCAAAGACUUACAAGGAAAGCAAAGUCGAGAAAGAGUCAACCGAUGAGGAUAAACAAAUCUUCAUGGUCACGGAGGUUGAGAGUCCAACCAAUGAGCAGUCCUAGGAGUGAAUUGAACACUUGGAGGAGGGGGCUUUUCUAGUUUGAACUCACACUCAUGCCUCUCUUCCUUGACGUCGUCCAAGUUAAGGGUGGCAAUUGACGUAGUUAAGUGCAUGUAAAUCAUAGAAGAUGAAUCUAUGCUCAGAUAACGGGAUCUUGUAAAUGAAUAGAUUAAAGAGAAGUUCCUUCGCUACAAACUUCACUUCUGGAUUCUGGUGAGUUGGAAAAGUUGGGUCUGAAACUUGCUUUCUAAGGCUUUUUCCUUCUUUUUCUUCAGGGUUGUGGAGCCAGUUAAUCAAUGAUCAUUGAGAGC